AUGUUUGCAUUUGGAUCAUUUUGCUUAGAGGUUGCUUGCAGAAGGAGGCCAGUCGAGUCAAAGGCACCAUCUGAAGAGGUUGUUCUAGUAGACUGGGUACUGGAUCGUUUGAGAAGAGGAAAAAUUUUGAAGACAGUAGAUCCCAAACUAAAGAAUGAGUUUGAGGUGGAGGAGAUGCUAUUGAAAGAAUCAAAAUUUUCAUUCAUGUUUACUCUGGGUUACUUGUUGCUUUGUCUUCUGAUCAAAGUGGUGAACUGUGAUGAUGGCUUCACCUUCUAUGAAAUCCUGAAACUAGGUGAAGUAUCAGAGAUAUCACCUGAUGGUCUUUUAAAGCAUGCUAACCAAACAACUUGGGGUGUGGUUCCUGUUCUCUACUCAGUUCCCCUGAGCUUCAAGAAUUCCUCCAAAGGUAAUGCCUCAUCUUUCUCCACUGUGUUUGUAUUCAGCAUUGUCCCUGAAUUUCGAACCCCAAAUCGCGGAUUUGGACUAUCGUUUUCGAUUAUACCCUCAAAAGUGGUUCCUGGAAUUGUAACAUCCAAACUUUAUGGCUUGAUCAAUGAAACUCAGGACGGAGACCCAAAAAAUCAUGGCUUCGCCAUCGAAUUUGACACAUCCCAAGAGUUAGAUGUUGGAGAUAUCAAUGACAAUCAUGUUGGACUUAAUCUCAACAGCAUCAGAUCAACUAAUUCCACUCCUGCAGGUUAUUUUGCUAAAAAUGGUGAAUUCAAGACCCUCACCCUUGCAAGUGGAGAGCCAAUACAGGCAUGGGUGGACUAUGAUGGCAUGGUAAAUCAACUCAAUGUCACUAUAUCUCCUUUGAACCUAAAUAAGCCUGAUCUUCCACUCUUGACUGUAACCAUUGAUCUUUCGCCAGUGUUUUUAGACAAAAUGUUUGUGGGAUUUAUUGCAGUCGUUGGUGCAAAUCAGUCGCAGUAUGUUCGUGGUUGGAGUUUUCAGUUGAAUGGAAAAGCCUCGGAACUUGAUCUUUCCCGACUUCCGGCUAUACCACUUGGAAAAAAGUCCAAAAAGAGGAAGGUGAUUUUGGCAUUUGGAUAUUCCUUUUUAGGAGUAUUCUUGUUGUCACUCACAAUCUGUGCCAUUUUUUACUUGAAGAUCAGAAGAAAAGUUAAAUUGACUGAAAUACUUGAAGAUUGGGAGGUUCAAUAUGGGCCUCACAGGUUUUUGUACAAGGACCUUUUUGUAGCCACCAAAGGCUUUAGAGAAAAUGAGCUUCUGGGAAGAGGAGGAUUUGGUCAGGUGUAUAGAGGCGUCCUACCCGUUUCAAAUAUGGAAGUUGGGGUGAAGAGAAUCUCACAUGAUUCAAGGCAAGGAAUGAGAGAGUUUGUAGCAGAGAUUGCUACAAUUGGGAGGCUGCGACACCCCAACUUGGUGCGACUACUUGGCUAUUCCCGACGAAAAGAGGCAACUCUUAAUUGGAACCAAAGAUUCAAAAUCAUCAAGGAUGUUGCAUCUGGACUUUCCUACUUGCAUGAAGAAUGGGUGGAAGUAAUUAUUCACAGAGACAUCAAGGCCAGCAAUGUGUUGUUGGAUGGAGACUUCAAUGGAAGAUUGGGAGAUUUUGGGCUGGCGAGAUGUAGCCACCGCGGAAAGGACUCUCAUACAACUCAUAUAGCUGGCACAUUGGGCUACAUUGCACCGGAGCUUACUAAACAUGGCAAGGCAACUACAAGCACUGAUAUGUUUGCAUUUGGUACGUUUUGCUUAGAAGUUGCUUGUGGAAGGAGGCCAGUCGAAUCAAAGGCACCAUCUGAAGUGGUGAUUCUUGUGGAUUGGGUACUGGACUGUUGGAGAAGAGGGAAACUUUUGAAGACAGCAGAUCCCAAACUGAAGAAUGAGUUUGAUGUGGAAGAGAUGCAAUUGGUGUUAAAGGUUGGAUUACUUUGUUCACAUUCUGUGGCAGAAGUUAGGCCAAGCAUUUCUCAAAUUUUGCAAUACUUAAAGGGCCAUGCUACCAUGCCUGAAAAUAUGGAUGUUCUUCUAUCAUCGCAGGAGCUUGAUGUUGCCAGGUUGAAACAUUCUGUUUCUGAAACAAAAAAUUCUACACCAUUGGUAACAGUCACUGAAGUGCUAACAGGUCGGUAACUAUGUUGAAGCAAUGUUGUUAUAGGUUAAUUACGGCAUGCUUAGUUAUCCUUUUAAUUACCAAUGAACAUUUGGUUUAAUGGUAUAUCUUAUCUUGUAAAGGCUUUAUUUUCUUGAGAUCAAGGGUUUAAGUUUCCUCCCUUUUCUCCUUCUCCCUCCCCUCAAAAA